CCUUCUACCUCUCACUACACCAACACUAUGGUCCGCUCGUUUGGUACUGCCUGCGCUUUCGCCGGUGCUCUCGCUGUUGCGGCUGCCCAGCCGUCGUACGUCUACAAGUUCGACGCGGCUAACGCUGCUGGCGUCGACGGUACCAUCCAGAUCAAGUACGCCGGCGAGAACUCGUCUACUGCCACCAUCACGGCUGCUCUCGACUUCUCCCGUGUCAACCAGUCCGACAUUGUGGCGUUCGACCAGAACUGCACCAUGGACACGGUGACGAGCUGGAAGUGGCACAUUCACACCAAGUGGAACUCGACGCUCUCUUCCGACUCGUUCAAGCAGUGCGCGAAGGCGGCGACUGGCCUCCACUACGACCCGUUGCGUGCGUGUGGCCCCGUGUCGGAGUACAACGCUGAGCCUGAGUGCGAGGCCAAGAUCAAGGACUACGCCUGCAACCCGGGCAACUACUCGGCCAACCCGUUGGCGUGUGAGAAGGGCGAUCUGUCCGGCAAGUUCGGUGCCUUCAAGCUGGCCGAGGACGCCACUGUGAAGAGCGAGUGGACGGACGAGCACUUCCCCUUGCCAUCCGAGAACACCGAGUCGUGGAGCAUCGUGCUGCACGCCGUGUGCGGACAAGAGUCUCGUAUUUCCUGCGCCCACCGAACGGAGGUCGAGGGUGACGCUAACCAGGUCGACCAGUCGACUCCCGUCCAGAAUUCCCCGGACCAGUCCACUCCUGCUGGAUGCGGCGUCUAAGAGGUGACAAGUAUAUGGUUUAGAUUCUAAGAAAAAAAGAGUUUUCGUUGCAAACUUUAGGAAAAUACAUGCAACUCUCGUCGAGUUUUCAUCUAG